UUGUCAGUUUUAGUGUUUGCAGCUUCCAAUCUGUUUCGACUGACGACUUAGAUAUUGCGGAGCGACAGAUGGACUUUCGUUGCCGUGACAAUAUCGUCAGUGAAACAGUCCUCUUACCUGGCGAAGGGGCAGACACGGACCCAAAUCUGUUUGGCUCCAGAGGCCUUCUUCAGAGUCACGAGGAUAGUCUCGAGUCUUCGAAUAUUUUAAACUUGUUUGACACUUCACCUCCAAUGCUUGCAAUGACGUCACCAAGGGACAAGGGGGACAAACCCGAGAAACAAAUAGGAGAGGAUCGUGUCGGCACGGUGAUGUUGUUCGGCGUUCCUAUUGUUUGCUUAUAUAUUGACAAUAAAGAAAGACUCUGUCUUGCUCAGAUUUCCAACACGAUCCUACGGGAUUUCAGUUACAACGAGAUCCACAACCGCCGUGUCGCCCUAGGCAUUACAUGCAUGCAGUGUUCUCCCUCGCAGCUUGAGAUCCUCAGACGCACAGGGGCCAUGCCCGUGUCCUCCCGACGGUGUGGACUCAUCACUAAACGAGAAGCAGAGAGGCUAGUUAAAUCCUUCAUUGAGGACAUUCCUCCACCAAGACUUCCCGAGGAUUUUGCAUUCAAAGUGAGCCAUGCUUGUGGAUGGGGUAGCAAAGGACUCUUUAUGCCCUCCCGAUAUAACAGUUCUCGAGCAAAGUGCAUCAAGUGCCUCACCUGCGACGCCUACUUCUCGCCCAAUAAGUUCAUAUUCCAUUAUCACAAACUCGCAGGGGGAGAAUACAAGCACCCAGAUGCAGCCAACUUUAAUUCGUGGCGCCGCCAUCUUGUUCUGGCGGACGACAACCCAUCUGAGACACUAAUGCAUGCAUGGGAGGAUGUGAAAGCUAUGUUUAAUGGCGGUUGUAGGAAGAGGUUCUCCAGUGGCAGUAGGUCGUCGUCGUCGUCGUCGUCGUACAUGCCCCGGCCUGAAGUUUCUGAUGCUGGUGCUGCUGAUUCCCGCUUCCAACGACUAGGUAGUAAUCCUUAUUUUGGUGCCUUCGUCCCACCAACCAGCCGGACACACUCAGCCUUCCCUAACCCAAUGUUCGGAAGGAUCACCUCAUACGGCGACUUCUUGAGAUCGCUCAGUCUCCCAUACAACAAUCCGUGGCCAGGAAAAUUGGAUUUCCAAACACCUCUUAACGUCCCGGCUCAUGGUGGCAAACCCGAACAAUUUGGGCUACCAGGACACGGUGCCUGUCUCCCCUUGAAUAUCCCUUACCCCGCUCCCAGGAACUGGGCUGAUGGCCACCUUCUGACAACGCCUUCAGCCAUGGCUCCAGUAUCAUCAGCAAUGAUGUCGAUGUCGUCGCAUCCGUCACAGCCAUGUUUUCCGGAGAAGGUCGAGCUUGCGAACAAGAAUGAUGUUGAGGUGUCGAACAAGAAAGAUGUCGAGCCUGAAUCAAGCACUGACAGUACAGACUUAGGGAAUAUGGAACCGUUGCCGGUCAAGAAGCUGAGAAGAACCACUCCAGAACCUGACAGCAGUAUCGACGUGGAGAAGAAUGACCUUGACACAGGGGCGAGUUUCGCCGAUGACGUCAGUGAUGAUGAAAGUGCACGUGGAGACAAAGAUGUCAUUGAUGUCGAAACAACAGAUGCAAAGGAGGAGGCACAGGCGCCAUGUAAAGAAUCGACGGAAGAGGAUAUAACACUAGCUGCUGAUGCUGCCAAGAGUGGGAGUCUGGACAUGGAACAACUUCAACUGAUGCCAAUAGAUUCUCUGCGGAAUGCCGUUUCCAAGGCGAUGACACAGCGAAAAGAUGCGGAGAAAGAUCACAAGAAGAUACAGAACAUGCUGCGGCUUAGGGCCCUCAAGGAACUGGAACUCAGAGAGGAAUUUGCCCGGCAGUUCUGCUCGAUCAAAGAGAACCUAUGGUCUGAAAUCGAACAGGAGAGGACCGCCAAGGGGGCCCUUGAAGAGAAACUGAAAGAGACUCGCCAACUUCUCCAGCGGUUGUCACGACACAUGCCAGAUCCAGUUCUCCUCCCAACCUGUCAAUAAAGCACAACAGGCAGGAUACUUCUAUGAUUGUUGCAAACACUUCAUGCAUG